GACUUACAAUUUGGUCUUUUGCUUCAUUAUUUACUGUAUUUGUAACCCUUGUGCUCAGUGGGGAGGGAAACCUCGGUUUCAGGUCAUUCGCGUCCUGUUAUAAUUUAUAUUGCUACUGUCAAGCAAUAGCUAGAAUGCCUUGAAUCAAGUAUUAACGACAUCCAUGAAAGAAGAAAUAAAGCAUUUAAUAGGUAAAUAUCUUCCCCUUCCACCUAAAGAAUGGAGGAAGUGUUGAUGGGCUGUUGAUGGUGAGUUAAACUGGCAUACCAGGAGUUUUUAUAAAUGGUUUUCCCAUGCUCCAUUGGAUCUGUGGCUGAGACUUCAGUUGUAUACCAGCUGUGCGUGCAAAAUCUCAUAAUUAUUCUUACUGUAUUAAGCAUUUUAUAGCAAUUUUAGCUCUAAAAUGCUAUGCAAUAGUUUUUAUGCAAGUGUACCAGACAUGUAAGCUGUUCCAAUGAAAACAUUUCCUUUCAUUUAGACACGUGGUUUUAGGUUUCCAAACUUAGCUCUUUGCAUUGAUGGAAGAAUCUUUAGGCCAGACGUCAGGUUUUCUGGUGGGGGGUUGGAUUUUCUUGCACAUACUUUAUUUCUCCAGGCAGCCUCAUCAAAAAAGGGGCAUUUCAGUGAGUAUACAAUAGAGAUAUUAGCGAAUACGCUGCUGAGUACUAGCUCCUCCACAGCCCGUCCUGUUGAGAAAGGCACUGGAGAGGAAGGUAGGGUUAUCUCGGCAUCCCUCUGGGGCAUAAUGACAAGCAGGCAGAAGGACUUGGACUUAACCUCUCUGCAGAAGGCUGACACCUUUAACACUGCCUCACAUGCUGCUGCGCCCUGCAGUGGCAAGUCUUGGGCCCGAGCCCAAAGCUGGUGUGGAGUUUGAACCCUUGGCAUUCUGGCCCAGGGCCAAGUGCUAUCAAUGGAACCCCACUGACACCUUUAGUUAUUCUUCCUAGAUUAGGAUAGUAAUUUACUUGUCUCUUUGAUUUCAAGUGUCUGGUUUUGUUUCCAGAUGCCUCCCAGCUCAUCUGUAUUCCAGGGGUUUCAAAAGACUUUAACCUCAUUGGUUCUUUCCUUUGUCAGUUCCAUUUGGUGAACGCAGGAGGGAUACAGAGACUACAGAGAGGCGAGGGAGGGGGCGGUGUGCGCAUGAUGUAGGGGGCCUGUGGGGAGGGCUUGGUGAGACUACAGGAAUAAAUGAAAGGCAUAUUCACUUUCAAAACAUCAGCUAUUGUACCAGAGCAAGUCAGGGUGGAAUAUAAGAGGUGAUGUGUGGGACAAUGUAGUGAAAAGUGUCAUUAGAUAGAUUUAUGUGUAAAAGCCCUCCAAACAGCAGUAAUCUCAAACUCCCCCAAAUGACUGCAAUAUAUGAAAGAGAUGGAGAGACCAUAGAAAUUUUAUCCCAAUGCCCAUAAGGUAACAGCACUUGGAUUUUAACAUGCUAUGGUAGGAAAAGGCAUUUAUUCAGGGGUGUCGUUUCAUGUUUACAAGGGCCUGUCUAGCACUGUUUAUUGAUUUUACUGCAAUUCUUUCCCCAGGACCCUGUAGAUGGAUAAUUGCUAGAAAUGUCCAUCAUUAGCAGAGCAACGAGUGCAACCAUCACAGUAGGAAAAAGAUGCACAUAGGACCCUGCAAGCAGCCUUCAAAUGGGGGUAGGAGUCACACAAUAACACGUGCAGCUAUAACUCCAGGCAAACACACACACAACACCCUGUGUAGCCAUUGCACUGAGAAAAUACGCACAGCCCCCUGUACAGCCAUCACACAUCAGGAAAAUACACACAUGGCACCCCUAUGCAACCAUCACACCAGGCAAAAGCACAGACAUAAAAUGCUAAGUCAAUAGGAAUGAACAGCUCAUAAAAGCCUACUGGAAUAGAUUACAUCACAGCCAGGUACAUCUGUUCUCAGCACUAACCAUUAUUGUUAGCUUGAAAUGCUUAAAAUCACUGUGCAUCCUCAGGUCUAGGGACAGAUUAUUCCAAGAAGAUUCUGCUAAAUAGAUCUGGCAAUGCAGUGAAGGGGACCUCUACUACAUUAAAGUGGUGCAUUUUGCAUCUCAAAGGCUGUCAACUGUAUUUAGAGGAACUCUGUGAUUGAAGAACAAUGCUCUAGGAUGGAAUAGCAAUUUUUCCAGCCCUUCAAAGUCUGGGGGUGAUUUUUACCCCAACCUGAGUUAAGUGUACAACUGAAUGGGCAGCUAUCAGAUUGGGAGGUGACUAAUAAAAGCAGAAUUGGAAACAGCUUUCAUCUGUGCUGCAAAGUAAGCCACUCCAUCCUGUUUUAAACUGGAACUCUCAGGUGGGAUAUCAUAUCCAGAGGUCUUCGUGAGGUCAGACUUCAAGCCAUCAACUGGAGAUAAAUAAGUAGGAACUAUAGUGCUUGCUUCAGAGGGUUGUCUGCCCAACUGGGGGGAAUAAAGAAACCACCCACCUCUUCUUUUGCCAGAGCCUUCUCUUUAUCCUCUUGCCUCGGUCUAUGAUGUUAUCCUAACUGUGUGACACAGGGGUUACAGCACUGCAAGGGAAGCUCUGUGUGUCCUUCUGAAGACUGGCCCCAAAAAAUAGUUAGAAAGAGUUUCAAGCUUGCAGUUCCAUGUUUCAAUUACAGUGGCGUUACAUGUUUCUACUGAGUGAGACAAGUUUCAAGCUAGCUUGUUAAGAAUGAUUUACACCAUAAUUCGAGGAAAAAACAAAUGUGAGUGACUGAGAUUUGAAAGGGAAGAGUAGGGGGGAAAGUGCCAGACUAAACGAAUCCUAAGUAAAUAGGGUGGGGUGGGGUGGUGGGUGUUUUUUGUGUGUGUGGGUUUUUUUGUUUGUUUGUUACUUUGCUUUUUUAGAAAAAAAAAAGGAAAGAAAGAAAAUGUAUGUAUUGUUGGUAAUUACUUCCUCACCUGCGUGGAAUGAAGCAGAAGAAAACAGAAUUGCUCCAUUUGCUCCUUAACCAAAUUUUUAAGAGAGGACAGGUGUUUCUCUUCAUUCGCAUGACAUCUUACUGGGAAUGAGCAGUACCAGAAAUGAGAACUAAGAAUUCCACUUCUUCUUCUUCUUCUUUUUUUUUUUUUUUCAAAUGUGGUGGAAAGGUUUUGUUAGGGAGAGAAAAGCAUUUUCCAUAAAACAAUGCAGUAGUGACAUGAGGUAAUUACAUGGUGACUGGGACACACCGCAUGGCAUACUGGAGAAAUUGCAUGAUACCUACGUGAUAACUAUAGUAACUCUAGUUAUCGCUACCAUAUUAUCUCCUGGUAACUAUAUAAUUAGUUUGUGUCACAAAAGCACCCUAAACGUAUGCCUGUUCCAGCUACUCUGGUAGGAAAAAAAUAAACUUUUUUGCAAGGGGGAAAAAAAGCUAAUGAAGAAAGUUGCCAAGAACAGAUAUUUUGUAAUCUGUGCUAAAUCUCUGCUGGAAAACAUGAACAGUAACGAAGCUGAGAAGACAGUAAAAGAAAUUCGGGGCAAGGUGCCAGACGCCCAGACGGAAGGAGAAUGUGGACCAAAAGAUUGCGACAAUCGGUUCCGUGACCAUCAGUCUGUGGCCUGCCCCUUCUCUUUAUGGACAGAGCUGCCUUUCCUCAUCUAGAUCUAGUCUUCAUCUCCUCCAAGCAUGGGUGUUAUCAUUUGAAGAGGUGAUGACAGUGAUGAUGCAACCGCUCUCUGUUCCCUGCCCCAAUGAACAUCUGCACUAGGCCCAAGCCUUGGAGUGAUUUACCUGAAGAGUGACACCAUUUAUUUGGAAACUACUAUGAGGAAACUGAAGCCCAGAGAGGUGAAGUGAGGUGCCCAAGGCCACACAGCAAGUUAGAGGCACAGCUAGUACCAUAGCUCAAGUCUCCUGACUCCCAGUCCAGUGCUCCUCCCAUUACUCCACGGGUCCUGUCUCUAAGCUUCCUGACAAAUGCUAGAACGGAAGAAACCCAAGACAGCUGAAAACCAGAAGGCAUCUGAGGAGAAUGAGAUUACUCAGCCGGGCGGAUCCAGCACCAAGCCGGGCCUUCCCUGCCUGAACUUUGAAGCUGUUUUGUCUCCAGACCCAGCCCUCAUCCACUCAACACAUUCACUGACAAACUCUCACGCUCACACCGGGUCAUCUGAUUGUGACAUCAGUUGCAAGGGGAUGACCGAGCGCAUUCACAGCAUCAACCUUCACAACUUCAGCAAUUCCGUGCUCGAGACCCUCAACGAGCAGCGCAACCGUGGCCACUUCUGUGACGUGACGGUGCGCAUCCACGGGAGCAUGCUGCGCGCACACCGCUGCGUGCUGGCAGCCGGCAGCCCCUUCUUCCAGGACAAGCUGCUGCUGGGCUACAGCGACAUCGAGAUCCCGUCCGUGGUGUCGGUGCAGUCGGUGCAAAAGCUCAUUGACUUUAUGUACAGCGGCGUGCUGCGCGUCUCGCAGUCGGAAGCCCUGCAGAUCCUCACGGCCGCCAGCAUCCUGCAGAUCAAAACAGUCAUCGAUGAGUGCACGCGCAUCGUGUCGCAGAACGUGGGCGAUGUGUUCCCGGGGAUCCAGGACUCAGGCCAGGACACGCCACGGGGCACCCCCGAGUCAGGCACAUCGGGCCAGAGCAGCGACACCGAGUCGGGCUACCUACAGAGCCACCCGCAGCACAGCGUGGACAGGAUCUACUCGGCGCUCUACGCAUGCUCCAUGCAGAACGGCAGCGGGGAGCGCUCCUUCUACAGCGGUGCGGUGGUCAGCCACCAUGAGACUGCACUCGGCCUGCCGCGUGACCACCACAUGGAAGACCCCAGCUGGAUCACGCGCAUCCACGAGCGCUCUCAGCAGAUGGAGCGCUACCUGUCCACCACCCCCGAAACCACACACUGCCGUAAGCAGCCCCGGCCCGUGCGCAUCCAGACCCUGGUGGGCAACAUCCACAUUAAGCAGGAGAUGGAGGACGAUUACGACUACUAUGGGCAGCAAAGGGUGCAGAUCCUGGAGCGCAACGAAUCCGAGGAGUGCACGGAAGACACCGACCAAGCGGAGGGCACUGAGAGUGAGCCCAAGGGCGAAAGCUUCGACUCCGGCGUCAGUUCCUCCAUAGGCACCGAGCCUGACUCGGUGGAGCAGCAGUUCGGGCCCGGGGCGGCGCGGGAUGGCCAGGCCGAACCUGCCCAAGCCGAGCAGGCCACGGAAGCUCCUGCCGAGGGUGGCCCACAGCCGCACCAGCUAGAGACAGGUGCCUCCUCCCCGGAAAGAAGCAACGAGGUGGAGAUGGACAACACGGUCAUCACUGUCAGCAACAGCUCCGACAAGAGCGUCCUGCAGCAGCCUUCGGUCAACACGUCCAUCGGGCAGCCAUUGCCAAGUACCCAGCUCUACUUACGCCAGACAGAAACCCUCACCAGCAACUUGAGGAUGCCUCUGACCUUGACCAGCAACACACAGGUCAUUGGCACAGCCGGCAACACCUACCUGCCGGCCCUCUUCACUACCCAGCCCGCGGGCAGUGGCCCCAAGCCUUUCCUCUUCAGCCUGCCACAGCCCCUGGCAGGCCAGCAGACCCAGUUUGUGACAGUGUCCCAGCCUGGCCUGUCAACCUUUACUGCACAGCUGCCAGCGCCACAGCCCCUGGCCCCAACCGCAGGCCACAGCACAGCCAGUGGGCAGGGCGAAAAAAAGCCUUACGAGUGCACUCUCUGCAACAAGACUUUCACCGCCAAACAGAACUACGUCAAGCACAUGUUCGUACACACAGGUGAGAAGCCCCACCAAUGCAGCAUCUGUUGGCGCUCCUUCUCCUUAAAAGAUUACCUUAUCAAGCACAUGGUGACACACACAGGAGUGAGGGCCUACCAGUGCAGUAUCUGCAACAAGCGCUUCACCCAGAAGAGCUCUCUCAACGUGCACAUGCGCCUCCACCGUGGGGAGAAGUCCUACGAGUGCUACAUCUGCAAAAAGAAGUUCUCCCACAAGACCCUCCUGGAGCGGCACGUGGCCCUGCACAGUGCCAGCAACGGGACCCCUCCCGCGGGUACACCCCCAGGUGCCCGCACUGGCCCCCCAGGGGUGGUGGCCUGCACGGAGGGGACCACUUACGUCUGUUCCGUCUGUCCAGCAAAGUUUGACCAAAUCGAGCAGUUCAACGACCACAUGAGGAUGCAUGUGUCUGACGGAUAAGUAGUAUCUUUCUCUCUUUCUUAUGAACAAAACGACAGAAAAGAAACAAACAAACAAACAAAGCUAUGGCACUAGAAUUUAAGAAAUGUUUUGGUUUCGUUUUUACUUUCUGUUUUUGUUUUUGUUUCGUUUCAUUUUGUACUACAUGAAGAACUGUUUUUGCCUGCUGGUACAUUACAUUUCCGGAGGCUCGGGUGAAUGAGAGUUCUCCCAGCCUCCCUCGGAUGGUGGCCUUAAGGCCUGGUAGUGUUUCAAGAGGUCCACUGGUUGGAUCUCUAGCUACUGGCCUCUAAAUACAACCCUUCUUUAAAAAAAAAAAAAAAAAAAAAAAAAAUCUUUAAAAAGAAAAGUAAAAAAAAAAUUUUUUUUUCACUUGUGAAGAGCACUACAAAAAUAUAUAACAAAAUCUAAAAGGCCUACUGUCUUUAAGUACACCGCUUGCAGUGUUUCAGUGGACAUUUUCACAAUUCUGGCCGCUUGGACUUCACAGUAACCAGUCAAAACUGUGGAAUAUCACUUCUGGUUGAAAACCCAGAGGAAAGGCCCUGCUGUUUUCCACCUACCACAUUGUCUGAUUUCGUAAAAGGGCUGGGGGGGUUGGGAAGGGGCAGUGGGUCCAGUGGUGUGGGGAAGGCGAACGGCAGGCUUCUCCCCCAGAUUCUGCUCACGUCCACACACCCUGGCCCACCUCCUCCAUGUCCCCCUCUUUCAGCAGAAGCCAGGAAGACUUGGACAAGCAUCAAGCAACAGUGGCUAUAUCGUAUUUAUUCAGUGUCUUCGCUGAGCCACAGCCUCAGCACAAUCAAGAGGGACUUUCAUGAAAGGCAGGAAUGCAGAUAAAACAAAGAUAUCAGAGGUUUGCACCUACGUUUCUAGGUACAAGAGAAGGAUUAUUUCCCACAAUCUUUGCAAAAAACAAAAACAAAAAAAAAAGUGUCAGGAUAUAUUCUUGUGGAAGAGAAAAAGAAAGAGAAAUGGAGGGUGGGGGGAAUAAUAAAAAGUUCUUGAGGCUUUUUUAAUUCAAAAUUUUAUAGAGGGGCAAAAGUGACGUUUACCAGAUAGAAUGCUGAUUUUUUUAAUAUAUUUACAACAGUAUUUGUGUAAAAAAAAAAACAAAAAAAAGUGAGAUUGUUAAAAGUAAUUUUUUUUUUCAUUUUGGUUUUGCAUACACUGCCACCAGUCCCUUCUCUUUUAUUUUAUUUCACACACAUAUAUAUAUUUUUUGGUUAAGUCAAGACUGUUAAGGUUAGCGAUACUGCUUCCAGAUAGAAAGAAUAAAAGGCAAUUAAAGUUAUAUUUGAAAGAGAGGAAGGAUAUUUUCUUCAUAUUUUUUUUAUUUUUUCCUUAAUUUUUAUUAUUUUAAGUAUUGCCUGGGUUGAUGAGGGCCUCUGUGGCCAGCCCAUCCCUGCUGUAAUUUGAACUGCUGCUUUGUAUUUUGAUAUGUAGUUCUUUGACUUUUAGCAAGCUUAAGUUGCUCCACUGACUUUUUUUUUUUUCCAACUGAUCCAUCUAGAAUUCUGUUCUUUUUCAUGGGAGGACUUUAUCUUUCAGAAACAGAUUUCUUGCUUCUCUAAAAGUUCAUUGAGGUCUUAUGAUUCUAGAAUUUGUCUCGACUUUACUUCUUGUCUUGAAUGAAACACUAGUAGUCUAGAGGUCGUGACAAAUGGGUUUUCCUUUUGUGGUCAGCCAGGAGGAUGAGUUCAUGCCUCCUCACCCUUCACAGCUGCGGAGAGCAGAAGCCUGGUAGAGAUCAGGAUGCCUUGAUGCCAAAAUUACUUUCUUCCUUUCAAAUACCACCUUCUGACUAUUGCCACCAUGGUUGAGAGGGCUAAAUGAGAUGAUCCUCCUUUAGAGGAUAUAUUAACCCUUGCUUUUUGGAAAGGUUUUAAGGAAAUUAACAAAAAUUUCUCGGAUACCAACAUCCAUCAUUCAAAAGGCCACCAGUUCAUUGCAUCAUCCUAGAUGCCACUCUCUCUUCCUAGUUGGGAUUUCUCUCCUCGGUCCUGAUCAAAGUAUUGUAAUAGGGAUUUUUCCAUUAUAGACAGUGUCCUGAAGGGAUUCCAACUCAAAUAUGAGAAUUCUUAAACCUAACAAAAACUCCAAAGGUGAUUUUAUUGCUGGGCAUGUUUUAACACUCUUAAGGGGGAAAAGUAAAUCUUUAAACAAAGCAGAAACACCAAACUGUAACUUUAAAAAAGAAGCAAAGACAGAAUUUUAGUUUCAAAAUUACUUUGCAUUUUAAUUUUCCUGUAAGCAACUUAUUUGCAAAACUGUGUAACAAAUGAGGAGAAAUCUUCCAAGGGAAGCAACUCUGUAGUGACUAAAUUGGUUUUACUCAUAUAUUUUAGAUAUUGGUUAACUUGGAUCUUUUCCAUAAGUUCUUGGUGAUGUUAGUAGGGUUAGUAGGGUUAGUGCAACUGGAGUACAUGUGGGUUGUAUUUGGUCCUCCGGUAAUAUAAUUUGGUAAAUAUUUUGCUAGAAGUUUAAUGUAGACUUGGAUGGCUAACUGAUUAUUGGGUAUCACUCAUCGUGAUUUCUAAGAGGAGUCCUAUCAAGAACUAUGUGUCCAAAAUUGACCUGUUUUAAAAGUUAGUGGGAAACAGCUUCAAAACUAAGAAAAAGUCCAUUUUUCUCUUGCUAAUUUUGCUUUUUAAAAUAGCAGUGUUUUAAGACUUUAAUAUUUCCACUUACCACCAACAGAGGGAGCAUUAGUUAAUUAACCAUGUCCUGGGAUUAUUUUGAGAUCCUGAAAAACAAGCCAUUCAACCCAUGAUAUAAAAAAGAAAAAAUUGACAUUAAGGAAAAAAGUUGUUUAAUCUAGAGGAAAAAUGACAUAAAAUCCCUCAGCAUAUAUUACAAAUGAAGGUGGCCAAAAGCCACUUUAAAUUAUUUUCAAUUCUUUGACAGUAGCUGAUUUAAGAUAGUGUCCUUAUUCCAACCUUCACAAAGUAGGCAGAAUUUAUAGUACCUCUAGAAAAGUUGAUCUUGGGUGCCAUUAUGGGCCACAUUUAGCUAUCUGCUUCUCAAAUCAGAGGGAAACCCAUUUGCCUUAAUGUUGAUUUGGCACGUGAAAAGUGAAGCAAUUGGGUUAAAAUAAAAUCCACAUUUUGUUAUAGAACACGUAGAGGAAAAAAAUUCCAGUUGGGUUUGAAACACUAAUAUUCAUCCUUUCCCUUCAAAUGAAGUAUUUCUUUUUAAGAAAUGUUGGAGAACUCCCAAAAAAUUCUUGGUGAGGUGAUGCAGUCAUUAUAACCACAUGGACUAUCCAGGUUUGCAAAGCAGUAGACUUUUUCUUACCGUAUGUCUAUUCCUCUCAAACAUUCAUAGUCUAAAAUAGUUGACAGACUUGUUCUCUGGAGAGAGGGAGAAGCUAGACUGCAGUGGAAGGUCUAAUCUGGGGAGCAGUGAACUUGCUGUGGAGUCAUUACUAUAUGUUCUGACCUCCUGAAAGGGCAACUUUCCCAACUGAUGUAAACCGGACUGGACCUAUUUCAGAAGGAUAGAGGUGCUUUUAGAUUGCCAAUCCUUACUUUUCAAUUAAAUAAUUACCAACACCUUAGGAAAUGGGGAAACAUUUUUUGCUUCAAGAAUAGAGGAUGAACAUGAAUCCUUUUAUUUUUUUAGUUUCAAAUCCAACAAUCUUCUUACAUUUAGAACUUCAUGCUAGGAUGCUAUGAGUGCUAAAAAAAAAUUUUUUUCGGUAGUCAGGGGAAAAAAAUAGAUAAAAUGGAAACAAAUGUUCCAGAUUUAAGACCUCUUAGGAUGAAUACAGGGAACAAGAACUGGUUUGGAAAAGAACAUUUUUUUUAGUAAUUUAUGAUUUAAAAGUGGGUUAGCUGAACAAGGGAAAGGAAAAAAGUCAAAGGGGAAUAUUUAUGUCAAGACGUUUAGAUACAGUUUAUGAAAAAUAAAAUUUCCCAGCCCUGAAAACAUUGGUAGCAUCCCAGCGUGGUAGGCAACUUUCCCCCAUUACUAUAAUAAAUGCCAAUAUUUGUACUAAAAAAAAAAAAAACCCGCAAGUGGUAAAAUAUGGCCCCUCAAAAGGAAGGAAUUGGAACAGAUGAAUCUGAUACAAAUCUACACAUGGGAAAAGAUUAAGAAACAAGCCAGGCAAAAAUAAUUUGAAAUGAAAGUCUUGAUAUCAAAAUGGUUUUUACUAUAUCUUUUAAUUGAGUUGUAAACUUUAGCUCUUGAUAAUAGUGUAUAGACUUUCUCCUGCCCAAACUCCUAAUGCUCUGAAACUGUGCCAUGAGUAAGUGUGGUGGAUAACUUCCUUCUCAUGUUCCAGCUUUAGUCCAUUCCUUCUUCAUAGGCAUCUUGGAGGUCACAGUAGCUCCCAGGCUUAGAAGAAAAGACUUGGAUUUGCUUUGUUGAAAAGUCAUGGGUUUUAUUUUGUAUCAUCCCAAUAUUCUUUAAGGACCAAGAAAACCCUUUGGAACCCAUGAACAGUUACAAUUUGUGCAUUCUGAUAGGAGAAGAAAAAAGAUUUCCUCCAGGUGGGAGAAGAAAAGAUUUUCCUCUAUGUGUCAAGUAAGUCCUAAUGCCUUGACCUACAUGUACCUCAAUCAUACAAGCACACCAACAGUGUGUGGCCAGCCCAUACAUGCCCCAAAUCUGUUUUCCCUCAGCAGUUCCCUCAAAUGAGGCAUGCCCCUUAUAAAAAUCCCUCAGGUCCCCAACAGAACAUAAGUUCCUGUUGCUUCCUAGAUGUGCUUCCUCCAUAAUGCUCCCAACACCUGUUGCCUUUAGGAAAGGGAGCAGUGAGGUAGACCUGGCCAGGAUUCAUACUCAACACGCCCAUGCAGGAGCCUUCCUCUGUUGUUAUGGAAGAUGUUAUUUAAUUAGCUAAGGCUGGGAGCAGAGGAUAUGUGAUUCUGCAGCAAAGGUAUCACAUAACCAAAUCAGGUCUGCCUCUGCUAUGCAGAAAGAACCAAAAUGAAGGUACAGUGUAAGAGCAGACACAACCUGAGAUGCCCUUGGGGUUUGGGAGAAGGGAGGGUGCCCUUUCUGCUGCGACCUGACUCUUAAAAGAAACCCCCUGAAAGAAUUCUUUAAUUUAGUAAUGAGUUGAAGUCCAGGGUAAUGGAAGCCCUGGGGAAGAGAACAAAAGGACUGCAAAGUGUAUUCAGCACCCAAUAAUGCGAAACCAAAAAACAUCCAAUCGUAACACUAGGAAGUUUGGCAAGAAGUAUUUAGAGAAAUCUCUGGGCUUUCCAUGGGUAGUAGGGUCGACAGACUUUCUUUUGAGUGAUUUCUGGCUCUGAGAAACCUCUUUACUCACUAGAAAAGAACUUUCUUUAAAUGGCCAAUUUUAUCCCCCAGAAAAAGAAAUUUAAAAAAAUAAAAUAAAAAUAGGACACUAAAGACAGAACCAUGUGACCCGGUAACAAACAAAAGGAAGGGUGCACUAGAACUUCAAUAGGCUCCCUAAUUCCAUAGACAAAGCAAGGCAACCCAACGCCUCUCCCUCUGCAGUGCUUGAAGAGAGCACUUGCGCUGACCCAGCCACCUGGGGCUUUCUGAGGCUCCACAUAACUUCCCCACUGGGGUGGCGGCAGCCCCUUUCUCUUCGUGUUGACAUGAAGAAAAGGACUAUUCUCUUAGGUGCCCAGGAAAUAGAUUGCAUGGGGCAAACUUUCAAAAGCUAUCUCUACCCUGGUGCUCAGGCAGCAUAUGGUGACAGAAGAGGGGCACAGAAGAGCUCUUGCUCUCGAGUGAGAAUAUUCUCGUAUCCCCAAGGGCUCUCCGUGUGAAGUUGCCAUUUCUAAGACCGCUUAAACCUCCAAGAGGAAAAGCUGUGGUGACUCAGUGUUCGUAUAAACACAAAACGUGGAAAUUACUAACCCAAAGCAUCAUUUCUAGCACUAGGGAUUAAGGUGAUCAGCCUAACCAAAAUUCCCCAAAGAUUUUUCUAAGUCUCCGAAUACAUGUUUGUUUUUUCCCUCGAACACUGAAUCCAUAGUGGUCAGCGGUGUACGUUAACAGAUCCCAGAAAAUGGUUUGGAACACCAGGGUUUGUUUUCAGUUCUUUUUAGGAUGAAGAAAUAGAGAAUGAGUGUUGCAGAGCACGGGUUCUUUUUUGGAACUAUGUAUUUCACUGAAAAAGCAGUAAAAUGCCCCAGGUUGAAACAACAGACUGCAACCCCUGGAUUCCAGUGGUUCCUCAGGCCCAGUCUAUUGCUCCAUAAACUCAGUCCCUUCAGACUAAAAUCUCAUUUGAAGUGACCUCAGUUGAGGGAUUUUCACCAGAAGCCACUUAUAGUAAAGAAUUAUUGCCUUAAAUCAGAAAGCCCAGGGAAGAGAACAGAGGACAGAGAGGUUGGAAGGGUGUGAAGACAUAGACAUUUCUUGUUUUUAGUGGUUGCAUCGUCAUCAAAAUGAGCCCUCUUCAUGAGUGAAGAUGAUGGAAAUAGUGGCUUUGCAGGGAUGCAUCACACUUGUCUGGAACUGACAGUUCUCAGGAAGUGGUUGCUCUUUUUUCAUAUCCUAUUUCAGUGACAGAGGUCUGGGCUGGGUGUAAAAUAGGCAUCAUAUUAGUCAAAGAGUAAAUCCCAUAAGACAUGAUCACAGGUGCCUGGGAUGCCAGUUUUCAUCAUUUCCUUCAUAGGGAGAACAGUCUCUAGAAAAACUUUCUUUCCCUAUACAGUAUAUAUUUCUAAACUCAGUUUUCCUCAGUUUUCGUGAGCAUCUGCUUUAUCUGGUGGUUCUUUGUUUAAAUGCAAACUCACAACUUUCAGUCAAAUCUUCAAGGAAGGAGCAUACUCUGCAGAUCAGAGAGGAAAUCUAGCCACAUUUGCUGGGGGUCCUGGCUUUUGAGAUACCUGAUUAGGGUAUAAAAAGUUCCUACUAGCCCUCUUUCAAAUUCAGGGCUUUCCUUGGUUCAGAUGCCUCGAUGAGAUUCUGAUAUACCUAAAAUAGAAAAAAAAAAAAAAAUUAACCCCGUCGGAGACAUCUGUUUCUACUACUGUUACAACAGAAGUUCAUUAUUGCCCAGCAAAAUCACUGUAAUUUAUAUGUAGAUUCCAGUAAUGAAAAGGACUUAACCCAGCUAAUAUGUCACAGCUGCUGUCCAAAAUGUCCAGAAAUGAGUACCCGUUCUGCAUGUACACACGCUGUGUGAGGUGCCCUCAGUACAGAGCUGUUCCACGUUCAUAUUCCCCAGUGAAAAGAUAGAUUCUGGAACUUCUAGCUAGUCUAAGGUCUCACAUAUCUCCUGGCUGUUUCUGCUCUGUUGCCUUAGUUGGGUCCGCUAUCUGUGAGGAGGUUCUAGGGCAUUCUGAAGGAGCUCAAGCAUUUCUAUGUACCCGUUCCAUGAGAAACUUGAAUAUGCCGUGUGGAGGAGAGUGCACUUAACGAACUCUGCACUUCUGCUAGAUUGACUGGCAUGUGUGUAUGUGUGUGUUUGCAUUGUGUACUUGUAGUCCGGGAGUUUGUGUGCCUCUCAAAGGAAGCACACACAGGCAUAGGUCCUGGUACAUAGAUGCAGUUGCCUCUUCCUACCGUUGUGCUCAAGACUUGUGGCUCCCUUCCCAGGAAGCAGUCACCUGCCCACUCUGUUGCUUUUCGUAGCAUUUCAGAGUUGGGAGAAACAAAGGCAGCUUGUUGGAUCCACAGCAAUCCUACAGUGACAGGAUGUUUUCCUCCAGAAGAAGGUAGACCAUAAGUACUCAAGUGGCAAGCAGACAGAGAGAGCAGCAGUUCUGGGGCACCUCUCCAGGUCUUCUGGGGAGGAGGAGCACCGAGGCCAGGGAGGCAAGGCCUGCACAACCUUUGAUCUGAGCCAGUCCAUGGCUGAAAGGCCUCCAUCACUCUCCUCUAUGCAACCCAGAGUGUGCCCACAAACACCUGCUCAGCUGUAAGUUUCACGUCCACACUAAAGCUUCCCGAUCCUGCCUGUACCUACAGGACGUCAUCAUAAUUCCAAACUGUGUCUCCUGACACCAGUGUGGCCUUUGCCCAAGUCUUUCCAGGAGUGGGUUGUUUACCAUGUCUAGCAAACCAGUAGACUCUCGGGGGGAAUCAUUUCUAGUAAUCUCUAAGAAUUGAUGGCUCUGGCCCGUUUCACACAGUAAAGUAGAAUGCCGCUCUGGCAUACUACUCUGAACAAAUGGACCUGGCUCUCGCAGCUGACCUUAGAGAACGGCCUGGAAACAGUCGGAUUCAGUUUGCUCACUCCCAUGCCCUUCUUUUACUAGGUGGUUUAUUAUUUUUUUGUGACACAUAGACGAUUUCUGCUAAUUUACAGAAUUCAGAGGACAUUUUCUUUCCUCUUCUAUUUUGGUGACUUUCCCCCUACCCCAUUAAGCAAGGCUACUUACAGUUAGAAUCUUUUCAUUGUUAUUAUUUUUAAAAAUGUAUAUUGUCUUUCUAUAUCCAAAAGAAGUCUGUGACUGUAACCAUAGGUAUUUCUUUUUACUGGAAAAAAAAUGAGUUUGUUGUUUUUUUGUUUUUUAAUUAACAGUACUAGUGACUUUGUGGAAGAACAUGAGUUACAUUUAGGUAUGCUUACUUAAGUACAGUACACUACAUUGCAGUAUUUCUGAAAGCUAGAACAUACACAUUAUAUAUAACAACUCUAUAUUAAAAUAUAUAUUACAUUAUAUUCAUUUUUAACUUUUGAAUCUGCCUAUGAUCAUGAGUUGAUUGAAAUAUUAUUUCUUUGCAUUUAUCACCCAUCACCAACUUGCUGCGGUUAAUCUGGUGCAUUUAAUAAUAAUCAUGACUGCUCUAGUUUGCUUUUUAUAUUAUCAGCUCAGUAUUGUCUUUACAGGAUUUUAGAAUUUUUUUAAGCUCAAACUUAGCAAAUGUAGGAAAGUGAAAACAUUUUUUAAGAAAACAUUUUUUUUUCUGGUGUGGCCAAUACAAAGAGGUUCAUAUUCAAAGUGAUCUUGUUUAGCUGACCCUCUCAAUAUCUGAAGAACAAAAGAAGUGCAUAUGAAUGUAUCUGUGAUUUUCCCUUUUAGGACUGUCACUGUCUAUAUUUGCUUUGGAAAAUAUGUCCAAGGGGCUGCUUAACCUGCAUAUGAUCUGACCAAAAAUUACAGGCUGCCACUCAAAGGACUGCUCAUCUGAGAAGCUAAGGGAAUGAAAUGCCUAGCUGUCCCAACUGGAUUUUCAAACAUUGAUUUUCAUUGUUCCUUUACGGACUACUUUCUGUUUUCAAUGUGCUCUACGAUUAUUUUAACUAGUCUUCAAUGCUCCCCUGGAGGCAGCUUGGCAAUAUAACAUUCAUUUUCCUAGAAGAUUUUCUUUCUUAAAUAAAACCGGAAUUUGAGGAACUUUUUCAUGACAGAGGCUGAUAGAAAUAGAACCAAGAAAUAGAGAGCUCAUUUUUUAGCCCACAGAAUCCACAAAAUGGUGGCUCUUGGGUCUCUGGCCCUCUGUAUCUCCAUUGGUCUGUGAAAGUGGGGAUUUGGUGCCUUUAUUCUUUAGCCAGGCCAUCAUGGAAACUUCCGAAAUCAGGCAUCCUAUCUUCCUAGCAAGAAAUAUUUUCAAGUAGAUAAAGAGUUUCCUCGGCUUCCCUUAGCUACCCAGUGCCUGGAAAACUCCAUAGUUGGAUAAACUUUACAUCCAUCCUGGAGACCUAAAGCCAGGUUCAUUCUCUCAGUUCUCCCUUCGGGACAAAAUGACAGCGAUUGUUUACGAUACUCAGUGUGAAAGCCCUUCCCACACUGGACCAAUAUUAAGGCCUCUCAGUAUGAAUAACACCAAUUCUUUCCUUUCUUCUCACCUAAUAGAUUUUUAUUUCCAAAUCCCAUCCCAUUCUGCUGUGCUCCCCCAAGCCCUGCGCACAAGUCUUUCCUAACCUCCUCUUAUUCAAGCUCCCAGCAGUGCCCUCCACUUGCGAAACCUGGUAGACUUACUCCAGCCUACUUCGAAGGGGCUAACAUUAAGUCUAGUAGCAAAAUUAGGAAUCUGUUUCUCCAUAGUUUUCAACUAAAUAUAUUUCUACAGGACAGACCUAAUUGUGAAUUGGGAGUCAGUGAGGCUGUUGCUAUUCCAGGGAUCACAAUACCCAGAUUGUAUCAGUUUCAUUAUUUUCUUCUUUCCUCUUCCUAACCAUGUUCCUUUAUUUCUUGUUUCUCUUUAGGACUACUUUAAAUUACCUUUUCUUCUCCUCCCCACCUGAGGAACUCGAAUACUUAUGACCCCUGAGUGCUCAUUUCCCUCCCUUCCCCACCCUGUCCUGAAUGUUCGUCUCUAAGUUUUGUGUAGCUCAAGAGCAUUGACAGGAAUCAGCUCAUCAACUUGAGACUCGUAGGCAGAGUGAAAAAGCAUGUCUUCACUGUACCUUCAAAAUUUAAAAGUUAUCAAUAUUCUUUUGAGAGUGGGAGGACCUGAGUCACAGUUUUAAAUGUCAGCAGGACUAGUGAGAUCAUUAAUUCCUUUCACCUUCACAUUUGGCCAAAGAUAAAGAAAAAGUAUUUUUUUUCUGUUUUUUUCUUUUCUUUAAAUAUCACAGUGUUCAAAUUUCUGAUAUGAGUAGACCAUUUCUGAGAGGGGGAAAAAAAUUCAUCAAUGUUGACUCUUUCAAGUCCUGCUAAUAUUUAGCCAAAUGACAUAUUUACCCCAGACUAGAUUUACAGAAAUCUAACAAAAGAAGUAACAUUUUAAGAUAAUUUUGAUAACUGUUCGAGCCUUAGUGAAUGCUUUUUAAACAAAUUAAACCACUUCCACUAAAGUAGGAGGAAACAACUAGGAAGAAUUUUUUCAUUUGUUAUCUUUCUGAAAAACAAAUAAUUGUUGAUUGAUUUAGAACUUUAAGCAGUAAUUUAGUGAGGGAUGAAAAGAUCCAUGAAGUGUCUAAAGUGUCUAUUUUGCAAGCACUUUUUUUUAAUAUAAACCAUAUAUAUAUAUAUAUAUAAUAGGGCAGACUGGAUACUUGAAGGGCCUUGUAAUACACUCCCCAGUACCUAAACAUUCAGCAUAUAAUUUAGUCAUCAUGCUAGAUUUCAUUUCAAUGAGUCAUAACUGUCUGGUUGCCAAAAUGCUGCCCAAAAGACUGAUACCAUUCUGGAUCUGUCCCUUUACAGGAUGUUCAUAAUGUAAUACCUUCUUUCCUCACUUCCAGUCCAUGACUCUUGCCAAGCUCCUACACUGCCUCUUGGCUCUUAUGAAGACAAAUUCUGCGGCAUUUAGAGUACUACCUGGUUCUAAGUGCACAGACGUGCACUAUUUUAUUUCUUGCUUUACCCACUGACAAAUAGAAUCAACAUUUAGGAUCAGAAAUGUAUUCCUAAUGUGACCAGAUGGCUUGACCCAUCUCCUGCGUUAAUUAAACCAAUUUAUAACAUCAACUCACACCACAGAAAGCAAUGAAAUAAAGAGAUAGUUCAAAACCUUCCUGAGUUAUACAUCUAGUAGGAAACCAACAUUUUGUAAAGCCCGUAUUUAUGUUGCCUAGGAUGGUGAUCUUCACUUGGCAUGCUUUCCCCCAUCAGUCCCAUCUUCUUCUCUUUCUUUGUCCGUUCUCCCUCUAUCUCUUUUGUAAAAGUACUCUUCAUCUAAAGUACUCUUCUUCUCAGGCUUUGGCUUCUGAAACAGUAGAAGACUCUCUUUUAAAUCCUGAUGACUAUUGUUGAAGGUGUAAUGUGGAGUAGGAGAGGAUCCAGAUCUGACAGGUCCCAUUUGGUCCAGUUAAUCAAAAGGAUUUCUCCAGGAUGCCUUCUUGACAUUGUUCCUUCUGGUUCCCCAAGAAAAGCUCUAACCAUGAGACCAGGAUUUCUCACCACAACCUCUGCAUUAGUCUAGAUUAAUGUGUAAAUCCUGCUAGUAUUUGAGAGACUCCAGGAUGUGAAUUUCUUAUUGCCUAUGACCCUCCUGCUUUUCUAAACUGACACCUGUCAGGAAGACCAAGAGCCCUACCAGUAACUAAUGCAGCAAAAUGAUGGUCAGAAACAUUAUAGUACAUAAUAGGGAGGAUAGGAAGAGAUUUCUUUCUUCUUUUCCCCCAUAAAAAGCUUGCUUCCCCACCCCACCCCACCACCACCACGCAUUUCAGAAAGUCUGCAUCUCAUUUUAUAGAUAUGUAGUUUUAGGAUUCGCAAAUAUAGCUUAGGAAGUGUUCUGAGAUUGAAGCUGGUAGCAAACCAGUUUAUUUUCUGCACUGGACUUUAGGACAAGUGUGCACAGAUACAAUUCCUUCAAAGAAAGUGAAACUAAUAUAGUAAAGCAAAGGGAUAAUACUUUUACACAUUAAAACAGUUGUUUGCUAUCUGUAAACCUUGACUUAAGCAUAAUUAUUUUUUUAGAAACCUGCAACUGGAGGAAUGUGUAUUUUAGUAAAGUUUGUUGUCAUUUUGUUUGUUUCCCUUUAUCUCUUACUUCUCGAGAGAGUGAAAGAUUUUGAUUCUUUAAUUCGAUACUGUCCCUGGCCAUAGGUGUCAGUCAAAUAAUGCCCGCCCUUACCAUACUCUUUUCCUUUCAGAAUGAGAGCCUUCCCUCCUGCCAUUAAAGAGUCUUUUCUCCUUGAAAAUCUUAUCUUCCUUUUCGGUGAGCAUGUGAGAGCUUUGAGGAGAGAGAUUCUCUCUGCACUUUGAGGGUAGAAUCGUUAAAAACUGUUUCUUGAGAGAAACGCAUUUACCCAAACUAACAGGUCUGAGGCCAAAGAGGGGGAAUUGAUUGCAGAGGAAGGUCAUAUAUUUUACACUACAAAUCCUUAUUGCCUUCAACUUUUGGAAUAAGACUGGGAAUAAAUUAAUUUAAUGAAAAUCUGCUUUGGAUGUUUCUUACUAACAUCUAAAGCAGAAUACCCAGAAAAGACAAAGAAAGGAUGCUACUUAAAUGCAAAGUCAAUCAAUCUAUAGAUUUCUAUAAUUAUUCAGUUUCUGUUCUACUCAUUUCAAAAAUAUGUGUCCAUGAGGUCUUAAAUAGAGAAACAUCCGAUUCUCCAUUGCCUCUCAUCUCCCCCACCUGGCACCGGAGUUGAGAGUCACAGAGGGAGACUGGCGCCGCAUCGCCAGUCCUCCACUCAGCCAUACCCCAUCGCCACCACAAAAUAAGGAAAAACCAAAUUAGAAACUUUUUUUUUGAAAAAAGGGAAAUUGUAGUGCUUCAUUUGAAAGCAUACUGUUUUUAACUCAAUUUACAGAUAGCCUGACAACCUUUUUAUAACCUGUCUUUUGUGCUAUAAUUUGCAUUUUUAACUCAAUCUUUAAAAUAAUUGCAAUUUCAAUUAAGUGAACAGAGGAAAAGCAAAGAGGGGAGACAGGGCAGUGAUGGGGCUAAAUCUGAUACAGUUCUGGAUUCAAAAAGCCAGUUUUCAGGGUCACCAGGGAAAGCUAACACCACUCACUCUUUACCACUCUUGUCCAUCCUUACUAUUAUAGUCUUAAGAACUGGUCAGAAAACCUCACUUCUUUAUGAUUUAAGACUUUUCUUAUGUACUGUCAAACCCGUUCAGAGAAAUCGUACACACCCUUGAUUGCUCCUGUAUCUAAUCUUCUCUCCAGGACACAUGCAGAGAGACCUGAAAAUAAAGUGAUGGUUCAGAUUUGAUACAAGAUUUAGACAUAGUCUAAAGUGCUUUGUGUAAGUUCACUGCCAAAGCGUUCAUUGAAAAAUAAGGCCAGUUUCUCUACUCCUGCUCUCCUUGGGACAAACUUUGGUUUGGAGACAUCUGUGCAUAGAUUUGUAGGAGAAAAUUCUCAAAAGCACUGUCGGCAGUUAAACUCCUUCCUUAGUCCCAUUGAUUUGAACUUCAGUUUUCCUGACGGGCCUAUUGAGAAAGAAAUUAAGGGUAACUUUCACACAUUGAAUGAAAAAUGGUUUCUUGCCCUAUUGUUGAAAGGACUGUGUUUUCAGAAAAAAAAUGAAAGCAGAAUUUCUUAGUAAUCCUCAUCAUGGCAAACAAAGGCAAGAAGUUGAUAGGAUAGAGAAAAACCUAUGGUAACUUUAUGUUUUAAAGUAAUUUGUGCUGACCCCACUGUGCCAAACACCUUUGUUUCUACAAUCUAUUCUCAACCACGGAUUGAUUUCUCCUGAGACUUCCAGUAUGCAUGUGUGGGUUUGAGCAGACACACAGACUUACAUUUGGAGAAUGGAGACCCGGACAAGCCAAAAAGAUCAACUCUUAAGAGUAUCAAAUACAAAGCAUUUGUCCAGAAUCACUCAGUUCUGCCGUAUCCCAGACCAAUUCCAGACUAAUCUUAAGCGAGAAGUAAGCUCCAUAAGAUACCCUACUAUGAAUGUUUUUUCUUUUUUAAGGAAUAAUACAAGAAGAGGUACAAUGCAGAUUCUUAAUUUGGGUGUAAUUAUAAUUCACUUUUAUAUUUAAUAGUUGUACUUUUUGUGUGAGUGUGUCAUUGAGCUAUUUGUACCAAUUUUGAUCUAUCAUCCUGAGAGGGGCCUUGAGAAUUUCUGCGUGUGUGUAUGUAGAUCUGUAUUUAUGUGUUGUCAGAAAACAAAGUGAAUAGGGGAGGAACGAACGAGGGGAGGGAGAAGGUGGUCAAUGUGAAGAAGUGAGUGCUCCUAGCAUCCCUGUUUCUGUUAGGUCAGGUGGCCGCAGCCAGAAGCCCUCCAGGAAGAGUUGAUUGCACGAUUCUAAAAUAAGAGCCCAGCACUGUUAAAUUCAGAACCGUGUUUUGGGAAACAGGAAAGUUUUAUCUUUUUCUGUACCCAUUCUCUUUAGUAUCAGAGCCAUUUGACAGGAUGAAAACCAUUCAGUAAAAACCACUACUGACCUUUGCAUUAAAUAGCUAUUUUCCUCUUCUAAAUACUACCCCUGGUUUCAACUCAUCUACUUCCCUUUAUUUUCUGCCUAUUGAUUUUACAUCUUACAGAAGAAUACAUAGGCACAUGCUAGUUGUUUCUCUCUGAGCUGAAACAAACAGGGGCAACAAGAGAUGACUCAUAGAAGAGUGAGGUAAAGACUGAAUUUCCCACUUGUGUGGCACUGGUAACUUUUAGUAAGAACUGUUUAGGGUUGAGCUUGGGUCUGUAAUAGGGCUUUUUUUUUUUUUUUGGUUUUUGGGGGGGUUGUUUGUUUUGUUUUGGGUUUUUUGGUUUUUUGUUUGGUUUUUUUUUUUUUUGCACUAAAUAUGACUGCACUGCAUUGCACUACUGAAAUGUAUUUACUUGUACUGGGAGAGAGUGUGUGAGGUAUGGGGAAGAAAGAGGCAGUUAUUAAACAGGAAGCAUCACAAAAACGGAGAAUUAUUUCCAUUGUGCUUGGUCUUAGCAGGGUUGGUGAGAAUCUGUGGAAUCUGCUAACUCUUGAUCAGGCCCAGAAACUGCCAUGCUGAUAGGAUCUGUUGUCUUAUUAUAAAGAAGCUGGGCUGGUACAGUAAAUUGAAGAUGUUUAAGGAAAAGUUUGCCCAGUGUUGUCUCUAGCUAAGCUUCCGGUAUAGUUGCAAUGGUUAAGGGAGCCAGCCGAGGUGAGGUUGAGCCUUCACCUUGGCCUCCACCACAAAACCCCUUGCUGACGCACAUUCCAGUGUGGCAGAGGGCGGUGGCAUGCCCUGCUUUCAAAAAAAAAACACAGCUUUGUCUGUAUUGGAGAUAUCCUUUCAGCCUGAGCAUGCUUUUCCAUCCCUGGGUGAGACCUAGAUCAGGCUAACCAAAGAGGAAGGCCAUGCACUUGGUAAGGCAGUAAGGGAACAGUGCAAUAAACACUGAAAACCAGUGAGGUGAAGGUUUAUUUUGAAACAAGCUAGGCCAACUUUGAAAUUGAAGGAAGGGUUGGAGAAUUGAUCAGAACCUACUUACUAGCUGCUCCAUCAUAGACUAUCCUUUAUUAAGCAGAAGACCUUAACAGUGCCUAAAAGUUUAGCUUUGAAUUUGCUGAAUUUUUUCAAUUUUUUAUUAGAUUUCUUUUUAUUGCCUUUUUAAACCUGAGAAGUAAUUAGUGCAUGACAGCUCUUCAGUGACUAUUAAUAAAAGAAUCUUGCACCACAGGAAAAGCAAUCAGUUGUGUAGGGCGCAAUUACACAAGAGUGAGGAUGCUGAAGAGCCCUUCCAGAAUCCAAGGUGACAGUUUGGAAGAUUCUGGUUCCAUAAGAAAGGGUCACAACACAUAUAAAUGGCUAAUGUUGAAUUUCUCUGAACACUAUCACAUGUGGGGACAUCAAUUUGGAAAACUAUCAGUUGAGGUCUCUUUCCUAAGAUUACAACGUUGAUACCUAUCUCAUUUUCUCUCUCUCUCUUUCCUCCUUAGCAUCCACGCAAGUCUACUAUUACAAGGUAAAAAAUUUGUAAGGGAACUGUCAGCCCUGCGAGUCAGAAAAAAAAAACACCACUUAGGGCUUUCAGAAUAAUGUAAGCAAUCCCUUAAGCACUCAAAGCAUUAUCUCAGUUUUAAAUAGGAAACUCUAAAUUCAGAGAUCUUAACAGGUACUUAGAGAUGUGCAUUGCAUAAGCACUAAGACGGUAUUGACUGCAUCAAACCAAAGGUAUAGAAAGAAGUAAUUGACCUUUUAAGAUACAUUAACAUUAACUGUCCUAGGAUACUUCUCUUGAGGCUUUGGGGAAACAGCUUCUUUUGUGAAACUUGCAUACCCACUGUGGUUUUGUCACCAAAGAUUUUAAUCACCAGAGCCUAAUCUCCUCACUCCCAGACAAAAAAUAAUAUGACAGGCUCGAGGGGUAUGCUUUGGUGGUCAGGGAUGACACGUUGGUUUUCAUUCCGUUCACAGUGCUAUUUACAGGAGACUCGUUAUUAGGGGAGUUACUGAACUGUCUUCAUGACUUAGGGUUUGGUCAGAGGUUUAAAAAAAAACGGGAAAAAAUAAACAGUAGUACCUUGACACUGUAAACUGGUCUUUAAUAGAGUCAUGACCUGAAGACUGAUGGAGAGAAAGAAACUUCCAUGGAAGAGAGUGAGCUAAAUCACAUAGAGCCAAACAAGGAUUGUUGGUGAAAUGGGGGGCAGCACAGACAACAGAGCGGAUCGCUGCUCCUCGUGGCCAGAGCCCACAGCAAUGGCCAGAGAGAGAGUCAGACAACUGGCAAGCGAAUUUGAGUAUUGGAAGAGCCACGAUGUGGGUCUCGCUGGGGUUGCUGGAGUGGUUAAAACGGCCACGCCCGUGGCGAGGACAGUGCUGGGGCUGACCUGUUGUCAUAGUGCCUUUCUCAUAGCGAGUACUCGAUUAAUAAUUUGUUCAGUUAGGCUUUUCUGGACCAUUACCCACCAGUCUUCUGAGGAGGUCUGAAGGGAUAGUAUUCACUUAGGAUGAAGGAACAGGAUAUCGCUCCUGGGAUGAUGUGAUUUGAUGAUAUUUGCACUAGAUUCUGAACUCUACUUUAAACUGGAGCAACUGAAUGAGAGAAAAACCAAGGAUGGUUCAAUGUUAAAAGAAACCCAAAGCAGUAUUUUCUAACUGAUGCCUCUUCUUUUUCUUCUCCUUAUUCUUGUUCUUCUCCUUCUUCGUUUCUCUGGAAGGAAACUUCAUACUUGCUGAUUACCAAGCUCAACUCUUACCAAUUCUUUUCCUUCCUAUUUUUUUCCCCCACACUGACUCUUCAGUGUGAAUUAACCAUCAGGUAGGAAUGGCUAAUGUAAAGGCCAUCUGUCAUUACAACUUUGCACCCCCUCCUCUGCAUCAUCGAGGGCAUGAGGCAGUGGCGGCGGGGGGCGGGGAGGCUCCUCCAAAGCCACUAGCCCUUAGGAAGGCUGAAAAGCAGAGCUAUCCUAUGGUGAGCUGAGCUGACACUUAUUUGCCCAGAGGAUAUUGGAGCCUGCAGUUAAUCCCAACAAAUGCUUAGAAAGAGAAGGAAACCCACGUGUUGAAGAAAAACAAGGAAGGUGGUGCCUACAGUUGGCCUGUUUCCCCUUUCUCCUCUUUCCCACCUCACCCCCACCGCCCCAUCGCCUCUGUCAGAAUUAUAUUUCAUCUCAUGUAUUUAUGUUACCAGAAGAAUUAUUUGGUUCCUUGGUUUUUCUCUUUAUCAGUGGGCUGGAAACUCUUCCAAAAUCAAAAACAGAUACCAUCAGUGGCUCCCCUGUAGCCUACCAGUUUCUCGAAUGCUGUCCACCUGGUCUUGACCCAGUCAACUAAGAUAACUCAGAAGCUUUGGCUGGCUCAACCACCUGUCACUUUAUUUUCAUUUUGUUUUCAUUUCCAUUUGAAUUCUGAGUGAUCCUAUGGGAAGGUGGAAAUCACAGAAAAGGUUUAGAGGCUGCAAUUCUAGGGCAUAGCUUGUCAAGAGUUUGUAUUAUCCAAAAUAUAGCUUUCUACGCCUGUUUUUCUGUUGAAUCUGUUGCCCUGAUUAUAAUUUCUAUUAUAUUUGUGGUUAUUUUUGUAAGAAUAGAGUCCAUUUGCUAUGUCUAUUUGAGUACUUUUUUUCUAUUUUCCCCACAUGGAUGCAGUACCAACCUGUUAAUGAAAUAUCUUUUUAUUAUAUUAUUAAUAUGUAAUUCUACUGUAGACCAAAAAUAUAAAAACAAAUUUGCUCGUUCUAAAGAUAUAAAGAACUAGUGAGUAAAAGAUUAAGAGUUGAAGGAAAAGACAGAAGAGCAGUGGUUAACUAUGUUGAGUUAGAAAUCUAAGAGUAGCCUUACCUAUUUUUUAACCAGUGCUUGCCAAUCAUACCAUAGUUGAGAUUAUAUAGUCUUGGCUCCUUCAUGCUUAUGUUCUAUAAUUUUUGUCUGUUUGUUUUUCUUUGAUGUAAUUGAGGUUGCACAUCAUGCUAUUUUUGGCGAUGCCUGAUUUUAUUAUAUUGUACUUUUAUCAGUCAUUUCCUUUAGAAGGAUGGGGGGGAAAGUUUUAUUUCUUUUUUUAAUUUAAAAUUUGUUUAAUGCACUGGAAAUAAAAUUGGACACAUUUCACUGUUCAAAAAUUCACAAACAAAACAGAACAAAAACCACAAAGAAAAAACCAGCAACCAAAUAAGCAACAGGGGAAAAAAAAAAAAACCUAUGAGAAAAACCACCUAUUCCUACUGAAUACAUAUACAAAAUCUAUCUCACACAAAAGAGAAAUAACAUCAAAUAAGAAAGAUAAGUCCUAGAAGUUACAAUGCUGAAAAUAUAAAAGACACUCAGUGGGCUCAGUGGGGAGGGGAGACAUGGGGCAUUCCUUUGAGAUCUGAGAUCUUGCCAUGGUUCCAGCGAAUGCCAAAGGGGUUAAAUGUGGGAGAGGCAUGACUCUGGAAGAAAUAAACCCAGCACUUCUGGAACUCUCUAUCACCUUUUUAUCCUAUGCUUGGGCUCCAUUUUGAUGGGGGGUGGGAAGUGCUAUGGUUAAAAAACUGGCUUGUAUCGAGGUCUGGGUACAGUACCCAGCACGGUCCUCUGUCCAUGUACUACCUCCCAUAUUUCUUUUCUCCGUGAGGAUUUCAGCCGGUGGGCCCACAACACGGGAGGCCAUCCAUGACUCAUUAGAAUAUCAGCCAGUGCUAAAGAACCUCUUGACUCCAGGCCCACCCCUGUUCUUCAGCAUUCCCAGUACCAACAGAGCCACUUAACUCCUACAAAUGCACAGUGAGAGGAAAGACAGAGAUAAUUUGCCUAGCCAAGUGGCUGUAUCAUUUGUUUAAUGUUUGCUGGGUUUUUCUGGUUUUGUCUUGUUUUGGAGUUGGGGUGGGAGUGGAUGUAACUACACAAUCCUAAUACAGUCAUUGUUUUGCAUUUUCCAUGUUUUAUGCAAAAACAGACAUUUAAAUCAAUAACUAAUUGUGCCCUAGACUGAAAGUUAAUGUUUAGGAGAGGAAAAAAAUUGUUGGAAUUUUUUCUACAUUUUUUUGUGAAGAAUCUUUUUUGGAAAGGAAGGAUACAUAUUUUUGUUGUGUAAUAUUUUCUAUUUUUGAAUGCAUUUUAUUGGUACAAGACUGUUUUUUUGGUGAAGACAUUAUUUAAAAAAAAAAAAAGAAAAAAACUAAUCGAAAAGUUUGCCCUUAAGGAUAUGCUGCAGUUUUGAGGUUAAAAAAAAAAAAAUAACUGAUUCAAGAUGCGUGUUAAAAGUUGGGAUUAUAUUGUUGUUUUUUGUAAUUGUUACAAGAAGAAGUUUGUACCCACUGCUGUUUAUUUUGUUUCAGAUGAGUAAGUAAAGGGAUUGUUCUUGUUUUAUUCUUUUUUUAGAGAAAAAAAAAAGCUAUUUAUGAAAUGUCAAAAACACUGGACUGUGAGUUUAAGUGUGGAAGCAUUUUACCACCCUGUGUCUUCGACCAAUUAUGGGAAACCCCUUUUCUCUUCCCCCCCGCCUUAGCCUUGCCAAAUGAGAAAAAAAUAGAACAGCUGUCAGAUGAUGCACGCCCCUGAAGCCCUGCUUUAAUUUUUACGGUUCAAAAAAGUUAGAAAACCAAAGUUCAAUUUGUUUCUGAAAUCCCACUGUCCGUAGCCCUUUUCUGUAGGACACAGCCAGUCGGCUCUGCCUCUCCGUCUUGGAUCAUUGCCUUCUUCAGGACUGGGGGCCAGCUGUGAUGCAAAGAGAAGCAGAAGGGCUGAGGUCUCAUGAAGUAGAUGUGAGUGGGACUUCAGCCUUUCAGCGGGCACCUGGGCUUCCCCAGCCUGUGGCCAGGCUGCUCGAAGGGCACACGGCUCUGCUGCCGGAGGAGGAGAGAGCCUGCCCAUGCCUCUGCCCUGCGCUUCUAAGACACUUCUGUUACCAUCACUCUCCAGAAUGGCUUUGCCUUUCUCAGCAGCCCACAUUCCGUGGACGGGCUGGGGGGAGGAAGGAUCCAGUUGAAAGAAAUGGGGAAGGUAGGGCAAGGGACCAUCUAGCACAAGGGAUCUUGUCUGCCUCAUCUUUGAUUCUGUGGAUUGUCCAUCCAUCUGCUCACUGUGAAGACGGAGAGGCAGAGUGCCCUAGGGCUGUUCAAUAGCUUUCCAUAUUUUUUCAACAUUGAAAAAAUAAUUUUUAAAAACUGUGAUUUUUUUUAAAUCAUUUGGCUGGAGGGAAGGGAAAAGGGAAACACCAAAAGCUGUAAUAUGAUUAACUGGAGAUAUUUAACUGGGGGCACUUUCUAGACCAAGACAAACAAAUUCCAUUCUGGACCCUAAAGCAGCCAAAUCUUGAGACUGUCAAUGACAGAAAGCUGAAGAGAGGCCUCCAUUUCCUCCUUUCUCCUUUCUUCUCUCUGUCUCAGAAUUCUCUCUUAUUCUCCUUUUCCAACUUCCCUUGGACUACUGCCCCAAUGGCCCUCAGAUUCCCAUUUCAUGUGUGUGUGUGCAGAUACACACACACACACACACACACUUGCAAAAUACCAUUUUUCUUAAGGAUUGUGGGACCGAAUAAAAUCAUGUGCCUUCAUUUUUUUCCUUUUAUAGCUAGAUGAACCUCUUCCUUUUUACAGUGCUUACAAAAACAGGGGAGGUUGAAGUGUUAGUGGAGGACUUGGGCAUCAUUUGCAAAGUACUUUUGUUUAACACAUUCCCCCUAAGUAUUAACACAGACAUGUCAACCCCUUCGCGAUGCUCUUUGGACAUUUAGAGCAUUACCUAGCCAGAUACAUGACAGCCUGAACCCAUUCGACUUUAGAGCAAUUCCUGACAAUUCUCUUUCAUACACUUCUCUCAUUUUUAUCACAAAUGAGGUGAGCAAUGGCAAGCAGCCUUGUUCUCCGGAUUUGGUGCUUUCGAGUGUGGCGUGGGGUGGGCCUGGGGGUGGGGGAGUGGGCGUGUUUCAAUAAAGGGUGCAUUCCUAUAGAUCUCUGGUGCUGACGGGCCUCGAGUUCCUUCCAGAGACUGCAUUUGACACACUUUAAGUACACACAAAUGAAUGGUAUCACAUGCAAUAUUUUAACGGAGCAAUGGGAGAGGCUCUUUGAAACGGGGUUCUGCAUCUUUUUGUAACAUUUUGAUUUCUCUGGUGCCUUAUUCCUACUUGAUGCUGGCACUCACAUACCCACAGGGAACGGACACGGAAGUCAGCCUGGGGAGUGGGGACGCUCGGGCGAUGCUCGGACAUGCGGACCCUGGGGGCGGGGGGGCGUUGGGAGGUCGGUGUCAGUUGGCAGGGAAGGGACUAGAUGGCAUCUCUUAGCCGAAGCCAAGCAGGAACUGCACACACCCAUGCGAAGUGAACAAUUCCGACCUGCAGACACACCGAAAACCCAUCCUUCCUCAUCUGAGCUUUCCUUCCUUCUUCCUCUUUGACCUCCGCCUUCUCGUAAAGGUGCUGCUGCCGCUGCUGCUAGGUGCCCGGGGUCCAGAAUGCCCAGCCAUCACUCAGGCACGAGCCUGGCACUGCCACGUCAGCCCCCGGCAUGACCAAACCCAGGUUUCUCUUGCUUGGGGCUGAGAACCGUCAGAUUUUUCUCAUCAAAAAUGUUUUCCAAGGAAUCAGUGGAUUACAGUUAUUCUGCAUUGAAAAUGCACUUUAAAAAAUAAAUAAAAGCUCCAGACUGUUUAAAAUGUCCAGAGGGAGCAGGGGAAAGAUAAACGUGCUAGUGUCUGAACCCAGUUCAGUUUAUCUCCAGUUGCAACAAUAUACACUAUAUUAUGUAUAAAUGUAUACACACUUCCUAUAUAUAUCCAUAUAUAUAUAGUGUAUAUAUUAUACAUGUAUAAGUGUGUAUAUGUGCAUAUACACACACGUGCACAUAACAAAACCAGAUGCUCAUUACAAAUCCAGAUGCUCAUUACAGAUGCUACACGAACAGCAGCAGAGGAAACAAGGUUGGACUCUUGCAACAGAUCACAAAAAAUAAAAACAGCCACUUGCAGUGAUUUUGGUUACUUCUGUAUGUUCACAAGGAAUGGAUUGUAACAAAGAAAAAAAAGGAACAGUGUUAGCGAAAGAGGAAAAAUGGGCGCAACCAUCUUGAUCCAAUGGGAAUGCAGUAAUGUUCUAUACCAUUUCAUCUGUCAUUUCUUUUAGUCAUGUUGAUUUGAUUUCAGUUUUUGGCCAUUAAAAAAAGUUCUUUAGACUCAAGUGACCCACAACAAACUGAAUAAAACUACAGUGAAAGCCCUUUUCGGUGGAAGAUGUCAGAAAUCUCAAAACCCUUGGCCUGGCUCAGAACUACCAUGUGCAGAUCAGUACUCUCUUAAUGUUUGAAAUAGAAACUGAAAAAAAAAAAAAGAAAAAAAAACCUUUUUUGAAGCACCUUAAUGUGGCCAUCCAUUCGAGGAGUGGGUGCCACUUUUUUCUUUGAGCACCUUAUUGACGUGUUUUGCUAUCUGCUGUCUUUCUGUUACCUGUUGGCUGAAUGGCUAGCUGUUAACACGCACAUGUGCGCAGACCAUUUGUCUGGCCAUGUGCAUUCUCAAUGAAGUUUACUGUGGUGACUGCUGAAAGGUGAACCCAUUUCCUGAUUUUCCCGCCACAGUGUUGUGAUAAGAUUCAAAGAAACCCUAUUCCCUGCACAGAAAUGUUUCUUAUCACAUUGUAUCUUAGUAUGGAAAGGAAUAUGGUCCCUUUUUUGCAAUUGCUACUGUACACACACACACACACACACACACGCACACACACACGCAUGCAUGCACAUGCACAUACUCAUUCGUCCAAGUGGUAUUUUCAACGUCCGUGUGGGUGUCACUGUUCAUGCAGGAUCUAUUUCCCAGUGAACUUUGAACGGAGGGCAACUUUUCUAACGAGAUUGUCUUUUCAGACCGAAGACCUGGGAACUGGGGAAGAGUUUGGAAAGAGGGAAAGGCAAGGAAAGAGCGAGCUUUAAACUGAAAGAAUAAUUUCCCAAAAGGAGCUUGGGCUCGAUGACUGCAGAUCUUUGCAGGUGGGCAUGGAACACUGCUUGUAUCAAUCUGUGUACCCUAUAAACCCAUGUAUACACAAACACACACAUCCAUCCAUCCAUCAGUAUAUGCGUGGUUUGGGAUGAGCAGGUCAAUAGUUUUGAGAGGGAGUUUGUUCCUUUUUUUUUUUUCCUCAUUAUACUCUUAAAUUGUUGUCAGUUAUCAAACAAACAAAAAAUUGUUUUGAAAAACCUUGCAUACGCCUUUUCUAUCAAGUGCUUUAAAAUAUAGACUAAAUACACACAUCCUGCCAGUUUUUUCUUACAGUGACAGUAUCCUUACCUGCCAUUUAAUAUUAGCCUCGUAUUUUUCUCACGUAUAUUUACCUGUGACUUGUAUUUGUUAUUUAAACAGGAAAAAAAAAACAUUCAAAAAAAGAAAAAUUAACUGUAGCGCUUCAUUAUACUAUUAUAUUAUUAUUAUUAUUGUGACAUUUUGGAAUACUGUGAAGUUUUAUCUCUUGCAUAUACUUUAUACGGAAGUAUUACGCCUUAAAAAUACGAAAAUAAAUUUUACAAGGUUUCUGUUUUGUGUGGAAGAGUAAUUGAUGUUGCUAAGAAUGAUGUUUGUUUUUUGGGGUUUUUGUUGUUUUUUUUUAAAUGUUACCAGCACUUUUUUUGUAAGUUUCACUUUCCGAGGUAUUGUACAAGUUCACACUGUUUGUGAAGUUUGAAUAUGAAGGAAUAAUUAAAAAAAAAAAAACUCUUC